AUGAAUAAUAAAGACGAUCCAAUAGUCAUAGAUUCAUCAGAUGAUGAAGUAACAAAGAUAAAUAUAAAGAAAAAGAAAAAGAAUUAUAGUAGUAAUAAUAAUAAUAAUAAUAAUAAUAAUAAUAAUAAUAAUAAUAAUAAUAAUAAUAAUAAUAAUAAGAAAAAGAAAACUCCUAAAGUUAUAUUCAUUUCAUCAGACGAAGAAGAGGAAGAAGAAGAGGAUUUCUAUAGGCACCCAAUCCGCGAAUUAUCAUCGUCUCUGUCCGAUGUAAACCUAUCUUCUUCCAAGUCUGGCAAAAAAUCAAAGAAAAAUACAACUUCAUCUCCUCCAAAACCAAAGAAAUCUUCUUUAAAAAAAACAGAUAAUACUAUUACAUCAUCAAAUAAUAAUAAUAAUAAUAAUAUUUUUAUUGAUAAUCCAAAGAAUGAUGAUAUUGAGAAAAUUAGAAAAAUAUUUGCAAAAGCACAACAAUCAUAUUUAUAUAGUAAAGAACAAGAUUUAAUUCUCAAGAUGGAUGAAAAUUUGACAUGGGAAAAUAGAGAACAAAGAUAUAGAGAGAUGGUGAGGUUGAUUGAUAGCUCAUUGGUACUCGAUAACUCUGCACCCAGUGUUGAUAUAUUCUUUGACUUUGUGGCAGAUAUGGCCAAAGACCUUUACAAACUGGACCAUAAACGAUAUGAAUCUCUCGAAAAUCAUAUGUUUGAUUAUGAGACCCAUUCAUUUACUCAUAUCUUGUUGCGUCGUUUAAUUUCAUCAAUGGAAUCAAAUGAUAAAACAAUCAGAUAUCGUUCAUGUCAAUUGGUUAAAAUUAUUUUAUGUCGUUUUGUCAAACAAAAUCUUGUUGCUGGAAUGGACAAACAUUUGUACGAAUCAAUUCUCCAAUCAUCAAUCAGUCGUCUCAGUGAUAAAUCACCAUUGGUAAGAAUAGAGGCUAUAGGUACAUGUAUAAACUUUCAAAAUCCAAAUAUUGUAAACGAUCCUAUCACCAAAAAGUUUAUUUUAAUGCUUUCAGUACCAAAAGAUCCUUCAGAAAUGGUUAGAUUAGAAUUAAUAAAGAAAAUGCAUAUACCAAAUAGAAUGUUGAACCAAGCCAUUUUAGAUCUAACUAUGGACGUGGAUGCAAAUGUUAGAGAAAACACAUUUUUACGUAUGCAAGGUCAUUUUGACGAUUUCAUUGCCAGAGACCGAAUUAAAGUUCUAGAUUGUGGACUACGAGACAAUGAAGAAAAUGUGAAAAAAUCUUGUAAAGAAACUAUAGAAAAAUGGUUAGAAAAUCAUAGUGGAGGAGACUUUGAAUCUUUUCUCCUACUUUUGGAAGUAGAGGACCAUCAAAAACAAUGUGAAAUAGUAAUUCGUUCAUUAUUUGAUUCUGAAAAGUUUUCUUUAUGUCAAUUCUUAGAGGUUGCAGAACAAAACAAAGAAGAUUUAACCCCAGAAAUUCUAUUUUCUUGGAGAGUUUAUUUAGAUUAUUUAUUUGAUCAAUAUUCAAAAACAAAAGAUCAGAAAUAUAAAGUUAAAAUUAAACAAGUCUUGCCAUCUGGAAAUUUAAUUUGGGAAUUACUCAAUGAAUACCAAACCCAACUUUUUAUGUUUGAACAACUUUGUUUAAUUCUUGGUCGUGUUUCUACCAACGAUUUAAACCUUACAGAAUUUGAAAUAUUUUUUGAUUUGAAAGGUAAAAAAAUAGUAUUAAAAGCAUUGAGGAAAAUUUAUGCUGGUCGAGAAUAUGCUUGGAGUGAAUAUUUAAAAAAUGAGAUAACACCAACAGUUCAAACUCUUAUGGAAUUACCAAAUGCUCCACAACCUCUUCAUGUUCUUACAGUGUUGACAGAUUUAAUGAAAUAUAGUACUGAAUAUGAAUAUCCAUCCAAAAUAUUAUUUGGUUAUGAGAAACCAAUUAUAGAAUGGAUAAAACAUUCUGAACCACCGGUUAGAAAGAGGGCAAUACGUUGUUUUGGACUAUUAUCAACUUUGGACGUAAAUGAUAAACUGCGUGGUUCCCCAGGAUACGCAGUAGUGUUAAGUAUGCUAAACUUAAAAGGAGAACGGGAAAUCGUGAAAUCAUCAGCUCUGAAAACAAGUUUUGAUGUACUUUGUGCUAGAUCGACUCUACCAAGAUAUCUUCAAAACUUUCGCUCCAAACUGGUCAGGGUGAUCCAAGAUCAUAACAAGUUUAAUGAUGAAUACCCACAACUCCAACUUUUAUGUAUUGAAGGAAUUUGUAAAUUAUUUUUAUAUUUACAUUUAAAAGAUCAAAAAAUUUUUGAUCAAUUACAAAUUACAUUUUUUACAAAUUAUGAACUACAAUCUAUGAAUCAAUGCAAACAAAUAUCACUCAUCAAACAUAGAGAUAAAUUACUUUUGAAUUUAUUAAUGACAAUUCUAACUCAUGCACAAGAAGAUAAGGCUCAAGAAGAGAAAGAAAAGGAAAAAGAUUCGAAUAAUCAUGAAAAUCGAGAAUAUUUAUGUUUUUGUCUACCAUUAUUCAAAUCAUAUAUUCCAAAGGAUCCAGACCACUUGCUCAAGGUCAAGUAUUUUAUACUGGAGAUCAAAGAAUUCUCAUUUCCAAAUCGUACGUUGGGUAUACUCAAAGAUUUUGAAAAAUGUGUCAACAAAAUGGUUAAAAGUUGUAAUCUGGAUGAUGAAGAUGUCGAUCAACAAGUUGUAAAAGAAGAACUCUUGGAUUUUAAACUUGAAUUGGAAGAGAGUAGAGAACCAACAGAUAUGGAUGCCGUUGAUCAAAACAAUGAUGAUGAUGAUGAUGAACAAGAUCAAUACCAAAACACAUCAAUGGAAGAGAUGGGACAAGAAACGAUUGAUGAACUUCUUCAUUCACCAAUUAACUUUUAUGACCAAACUCCAAAUAUAUCAACCAAAUCACCAAAAAGAAAACAAGAUGAUGUUUGGGGUAGUGAUGACGAUCAAGAUGAAGAUAAUUCAAUGACUACUACAACUACAACCACAACAACAACCACGACUCCAAAUCCAAAAACAAAAGUAUAUCCCUAUGACCAAAAAAGUAGGACUUAUUUACAACAACAAGAAAAUCCAUUUAAGAAAUCAAAAAAUACAUUUAACAUUCCACAAGAGAUUAUUGAAGACGAAGAGGAGGAAGAACAAGAACAAGAGGAAACAAAACAAUCAAAUAAUAAUAAUCCAUUGUCAUGGUUCAAAAAUAAAUUUUUUAAUUAA